CGCAAUCGUUGCAAGACGGGCAAUCAGAAGGAGGGACAGUGAGAAGGAAUCUGAUGAUGAUGCAGAAAAAAAAGAAAAGAACGAAGACGAAGAAGUAGAUAAAGAAGAUGGUGACAAAGAUGGCGAAAAGAGUCCCACAAAAGAUAAAGAUGCUGCCGAUAAGGAUGACAAGUCUGAGAGUGGAGACGAGAAGAAGAAAAAGAGAACUUUCAUCAAGCUGCAUUGCCCUCAAUGUUCGGUGAAGGCGAUCACUUUCAGAAAAUACGAAAUCCAUCUUCAGAGCAAGACUCACUUGUUCGCCAUGCGGAAGGUCGCUUUGAAACAAAAGGGUAUUCUGGCUCAGAUGAGGCAGGCCCAGAGGAAUACUCAAAACGAACUUGAGAAGAGUAGUGAUGAAUUGUCCACCAAAACCAAUUUCUGUCCACUCUGCAAGCUAAAUUACAAACAGAAGAAGGCUGUGCAUCAACUUUCGGAAGCUCACAAGAAUAUGAAGAAGUUUUUGAUGCCGUACUGCAAAGUGUGUAAUAUUACAUUCAAGAGCCCCAUGAUUUUCGAGAACCAUCUGUGCUCCAUCGACCACAUGAAGCGCAAGCAAAGAAUGGAAAACAGCAGUGAUGUAUCUGCCGAGGAAGAUAACUUGGAAAAUUUCACAACCAUUGAUUCUGUUGGUGAUGUUGAUGGUGAAGGAGGUUCUGAAAAUGAAGAGAAAAAAGAAGACGUGAAAGAACCCGUCAAUGUGGGCAUUGAAAAGAUUCGUAAAAUCGAAGCAUACUAUUGCGAUCUCUGCAAAAUGUAUCUACAGCGAGGUGAAGAAUCCGAGAUGUCCACCAUUCUGUCGAAGCACUGCAAGAUCAGGGUUCACAUGCAGAGAUAUGUCAGAAUGAAGGAACGGCAAGAUCUCGAAAAGCGCGCCGAAAAGUUGCAGCGUAAAGAAACUGCGGAGAGGGAAGAUAAGGACAAGAAAGACGACAAGGAGAACGAAUCAAUAGAAGACGCAGAAGCAAAAGAUAAGAAAGGUUCCGAUUGUUCCGCUAAGAUAAACGAUGAUGAAGAAAUGAAGGAUGACAAACUGUGGGCGGACGUGGAUAAAGACUUGGGGGAUAUCCUCGCAGAAGCAGAGUCUGGCAAUAAGAGUUCAGACGAGGAUGACGACUCUCAUAUCAACGGGGAGCGGUACGAUAGGUUCAAGUUGAGCGAGAAAAAUGGGGACGAGAAAUUGAUGGGCGCUGAUGAGGAGAGUAUUUUGGAUGACAAGCUGGUCAUUAAGGAAACUGAAGAGAAAUAAUUUUUGUUCCAGUAUGUUUUGAUUAAUGUUGUGAAUGGAUACUGAAUAAUAAUAUUGAACAUAAUUAGAAAGUAAUACAUUUUUUAUUUUGAA